UGACGUCGUUUGAACUUUUUAAAGGCAGUAGUUAGUAGUUACCGGUAAGUCGAGCUCGGGCAAUGUGCGGUGGUCAAUGUAACAGUAGUGGUCCGACGUAGAGCGGGGCGACCGAUAUGGACCGAAUAUUUCGAGGCAUAAUGAAGUACAGGCGGACGAACAGGGCGAAAAUGGUCGAGCAAUUCGUCCAGGUGAAAAACAACCCGGAGCCUAAAGCUUUAUUUUUCACUUGCAUGGACAGCCGUAUGUUGCCUGCCCGAUUUACUGAAACCAACAUUGGAGAUAUGUUUAUUGUUCGAAAUGCUGGAAAUUUGAUUCCACAUUCGCAGCAUUUCCUAGACGAAUAUACUACAUGUGAACCAGCAGCCUUGGAACUAGGAUGUGUACACAACGAUAUAAGGCAUGUUAUCGUUUGCGGGCAUUCUGAUUGCAAAGCAAUGAACUUGUUGCACCUGCUCAGGGACACGGAAUUUGCUAGCAUCGACAACCGUCGGAUGUCGCCACUUCGAUCAUGGCUCUGCACGCACGCAAUAUCAUCUUUGGAAAAAUAUMAACAGCUAGAGGCUGCAGGUUUCGACACGCCACUCAUUUUUCAGGCCGAGACGCCCUUACGCAGAAUCAUUGCUUACAUUGAUCCGGAAGACAAGUUUUCCGUUACAGAUAAGUUAUCACAGGUUAAUACCCUACAGCAGAUGCAAAAUAUUGCCAGCUAUGGUUUCCUUAGGAAACGUCUAGAGGCGUAUGACCUGCAUAUACACGCUCUUUGGUUUGACAUAUAUACUGGGGAUAUAUACUAUUUUAGUAGACAGAGCAAAAAAUUUGUUGAGAUAAACGAACAAAAUGUGGAUAAACUAGUGGAAGAGGUUUCUAAAUACUAUUGCUAAGUUUAAUGUGAAGUUUAUACGUCCUUCGGCAAUUCACAACAUACUCAUACGCACGCACAUGCGAAGACUUAACUUGGUUUUUAAUAUUAAUUAAGAUUCAAGACUAUGAAACAGAAUAAUAUUACUAUUAUACUAUUUUUAAUACAUUC